GUCGGAUGAGAAGGGAGUGUCUGGACGACGUAUGGGACGAGCUGCGCCAAUGCAUCGCGUUCUUCGACCUGCGAGGCAUCUCGGACGAGGACGUGGAAGACAUCUUGACCCAGAAGUUUCAACUGCUCAACGCCAGCCACAAGGACGAGACUUACAAUUGCCUUGAUGCACUGCCGACAACUCGUCUGGAGCGCACAGCAUUGUGCUUUGCGCGAGUUUUGGACCUGAUCCAGACUAGCCCGUCCAUGUCCAACAAGUUCUGGAAAACAUUGAGCAAAGUGGUCGACAAGCGAGCCAUGCAUCGCACGGUCCUAGCAACGAUUGAUCUCUGUAUGAGCAAAGUCAGUGCCCUGGCGAAAGUUACCGGAAGUGCUCCAACAGACGACCAAUCGCCACUUUCCAAAGGUCUUCUGGCUGCGAAAGUUUACUUGAUGUGGUUGCAUAUUCCUGGCGGAUCUGCGUACAGUAUCUUCAUGCCAUUCGUCUAUCAAGACGCAUUGUGGGUUUUGCUGGGGUGGGCAAAGGUAAUGUACGCUCCUGAACUCGAAGAACAAGCCUCGAAAACCGCUCGAGCCGGACAGACAAAGCGAAAACAAGCCAAGAAACCAUCAUAUGUUGCUUCCACGGAGCUCGCCGAGUAUGGGAAGGAUGUACUUACCAUCCUUGUUUCCCUCGGGUCCAUGCAAUCCUUCAACCUCGACGCCGUCACUUCGACGUUAGACGCAAUCGUGUCGAUUGCUGCCUUAAUGGCAGUACAAGCAGUGCCUGCCGAAGAAUGCCGGCAGAUUCUGAAAGCAUUGUACCCAAAUCAUGCCCAACAAGUCCUAGUGCGAUUGAUGCCAGCUUUGGCGUUUCGAGACAAGUCGCUGCCGGGCGGGGCCAGGGAUAUUCAGCAGCACAUGACGGCAUUCCACGUGUGGUCGCUAGAGACCUCUGAUCAAUUGCUUGGUUCUCAUGGAAACGAUGACGCGAACGCGAUGAACGCGAUGGUAGUGCUGCAGCAACUGUGCAUUCGGUCACCUGAAAAGACGGACUACCGAAAAAAAGUUGCGGCGGCACUCGUAACGCUCUUUUUCCACCACGUUCUUCCCCACCCAGGGUAUACGUCGACGUUAAUGACGUUUCUCGACAGCUUCUCGCGGAGCGAAAAGGUGACCUGCCGCCAAUUUGCCGUCGAAGUUACGACCCAACUUAUUGUACACGACGGAUGGACCGACCAAUUCAGUUUGCAGUUUGGCAUCCUGAUGCGGCGAGCGCGCGAUCGAUCUGUGUGGGUACGGAAUAAAGCUCUUGUCGGUAUGGCAAGUGUGCUGUCAAAAGCGUUGCACAAGCAAGCAAGUGGCUGGUCCCCUGCUUUGGAGCAAGUCGUAGUCGCCGAACUCACGUCGUCGAAGUCGUUCAGCGACGAGACACCACCAAUUCGCGUCUGGACGCACUUGAUUCAACUUCUGCAAAUGUGCCUUGAAGACGGAAAGAAAAUGGUUCGCAAGUCCGCGUUGCAAGUCCUCGAAGUUCUCUUGGUCGUCGAACGAGACAUGGGAAUCGUGGCGGAGAUUCAACUUAAAUGUACCGAUUCGUCCGUGUUGGUGCGCAAGCAGGCAAUGCAUGUCUUGACGACGCUCGUUCUCAAGGACCCAUCGAACAGGGACUUGCACAACAUUUGGAGCUGGGGCGUCCUCCCCCUCGUGAACGACCCCGAGCCCAUGGUCCAAACGAGUUGCGUGGAUUUCGUGGACCAAGUCUUAUUUCAGCGACUGGGCGAGUGGCACGACUACCGUCGACGCGGAUUGGAAAUCACGCACGCCCUCAAGUGUGUUCACGACCAAUUUGACCAUCUCGACCGCAUGCUCAUCACCUUUGCUCAAGUGGCACUCCGAUUGCUUGUCAAAGCCGGGAAAAUCGACGUUCCUCAAGUCAUCAAGAACUGCAUCGCCGGCAUUCAAAUUCCUGAAACUACAACCAGCAGCUGGGUCGUUUUGGAUGAAUUGCACGCUCGUUUGAUCGAUCACGUGACGACAUCGGACUGCCGCGCCCUGACCAAAAUGUGGAAUGAGAAGCAGGACCAAAACUCACUCCGAAUGCUCCGCGUCCUGUCAUCCAUCGCAUCUCGUGUCGCUGCGUUGGACGCGUCCAAGAUUGCAAAGAGGCUGCAAGUCGCCUUGCAGUCAUUUUCGUUUCACAUGAACGUCAUCCCUGGUGCAAUUCACACUCUCGUGCGACUUCAGGACGACAAAUCGUGGCAAACGUCCCUGUGGGCUGCUUGUGACGAGGUUAUACAGGAUGUUGUGACGAAUGGAGUACAAGACAUUUCUCGUCUACAAAGGGUGCUCUGCACGAUGGGUGACUUAUGGGACGGUCAACACGACCAGCCCCAACGACUCCAGCACAUCCAGCGAUUUUUACUGCCUACGUUCAACCAACAAUCCACGCCAAGUGCUGUUCGAGCGGUUGCAUUUCUAGCAUUGGGCAAAGUGAGCUUGGCAAGUCAGUCAAUCGCAAAAGACUCGAUGACGAUGUUCAUCCGAGAGCUCCAAACAAGUGACAACGUGGCGAUACGAUCCAACAUAUUGCUCGUUCUGGGGGACCUAUGCAUGCAAUACACGUCAAUGGUGGAAGUUUACGUGCCAACGAUUGCCGCAUGCUUCAUGAACCCGGACGUGCUGCUUCGCCGCAACGUGCUGUUGAUGUUGACUCAGCUGAUACUUCAAGGCUACAUCAAGUGGAAAGACUCGCUGCUUCACUAUUUUCUCCAUUUGGUCGUGGACGAUGACGCAGAGCUCGCGCACCUUGCACGCCAUGUCCUAUCAGGGCCAUUGUUGCAAAAAACGCCCCACUUGUUUACCACCAAGUUUGUCGAGACGAUUUUCGUGCUCAACAAUGUCAUUUUGCCAUCUGUAUCUGCCGUGGGCCUCGUCAUGUCGGACGCCGAAGUCCAUGCGCUGAGCUUUUGCGGGGCUGACUUGUUUCCCAACCGGUGGAAAAUCUAUCAUUUCAUGUUGAACACAAUGUCGGAUUUUCAAAAGGUCGAUGUGACGGGCAAACUCACCCGUGGCAUUCUCGAAGAAGUGUCGGAACAAAAGCUCCCGCUGCACGACAACGCCAAGGACAUCCAGGACAACUCCGUCGAGCGCGUUGUGCAAGACACAUUACUCGUCCUGAGUUCGUCGGAGAUCAAGCUAACUCAUGGAGGGGCUGGAGACGACGACGACGAACUCGAACCAUCGUCCAUGAAGGAAGCAACGCGGAAACUCGCGUCAAAACUAUCUAAGAAGAACCUGAUGGUGAACGUUAUCCCGGUCGUGAUUGGGGUGAAGCACCAGCUCGAAGCAAAACGCAGUCCGGUUAUGCGCUACUUACUGCACUACAUCCAGGACUUAAUGACGUCGUUCAAGGAAGAAGUUAUGGACGUACUUAACACCGAUCCCCAGCUGGCAAAGGAAAUCGCUUUUGACUUGAAGCAGUAUAAAGCUAUGAAGCUCGCCAAGUCAAGGCCGAGUCUCGGUGGUGGACCUGCUGUGUUGCCUGGUGCAUCGAUAGUGCCCCUCGGGGUCACAUCAACCCCACUCCUGAAGAAGCACAUGACGCCGCUGACACGCAUCCUGCGCGAGCGUCGCGCAUCAUUCAACGAUUACUCUGACGGUACUUUAUUCAGUGUGUUAUCAUGGAUGUCUGAAUCCUCGGAUUGUAGACGAAGGGGUGACGAAAACGCUGGACUUCUCAGCGAUGUCCAAGCACAGAACCCCGCACAUCGCGCACGUCCACAUCGCCCCGUUGGUGGAGUCCGUUCCCGUGGAGGAGGCAGAGACUGGGACGGAGUCAUCGUCGGACUCUGACUUUGAAGCUGUCGAGCAAAAACCAAAGAAGGCGCUUGUCAAGCGUGCGAGGCGCCGAGCAGCUAAGUAGAUUCUACCUGUAACCAAGCCGAUUCGUCCAAGGCGUUUCCAAACUCGCUUAGAACAGCACAUCAAAGCAUACAACGACUCAACACGUCAAAGUUUGCUUUUCCCACUGGCAGCCCUUCCAGUUGCAUUGUGCUUCAUCCUUCACCUCGCGCGAUUGUUCCCACG